CAGCUCUAGCUCAGAAGCCCCACCUUUUGCGUUUCCCGCACCGUCAAUCAAAAUAGGAAAAAGAAAAAAAAAAAAAAGAAAAGAAAAAAAAAUCGAGGCGAAUCUCCGAUCACAGCCCGCCUUUGAUUAAAACAACCAUGUUUGGAGUUUAAAUGAACAGAUAACCUUGUUUUUUUUAGCCUUCCGCGCUAUGACUGCCCCAGAACAGCCAGUGAAGCAGCAGGAAAUGGCUGCCUUGGACGCGGACGGCGGUCAGAGUGACUUUCUGCAGCCUGCCGCAGAAGCCGCCGCCGCCUCGGACACGCAGACGACAGACAUCACGUCCAUCCAGCCUGACCGCUGGGAGGUGCUCACCCCGGUUUCCACGGGUAAAGAGGACUCUGGUGUAGUACACUUACCCGGUGGGGGGAUUGUGGGCACUAAUGGGCAGUUUGUAGUGCCACUGCAGACUGUAUCAGGGCAGAGCCAGCCUGUUUUUGUCACUGCCGGGACAGACGGUGUCAGUGCCAACGGCAUCCAGUACCAGGUCAUCCCGCAGCUGCAGAGCGCAGAUGCGUCUUCAUUAGGUUACACUACAUCCACAGCUGAUGGUACCACGCUGGGUACGGACAUCUCCAUACUGCCUGACGGAACACAAGGCAUCCAUGCUGCAACUAAUGCCAACGAUUUGCAUGGUUUGCUGGCACAGACCGGACACGUGCAGCAGAUCCAAAGCGUCUCAUUGGCAGGAAGUGGGUUUGCAGGUCAGGGCCAAGUGGUGACUAACAUGCCAGUCGGAUUGCCUGGGAACAUCACGUUUGUGCCGCUUAACAGCCUGAGCAACGCUGACUUGGAAUCUCUGGGCCUGGCUGGAGCUCAAACCAUCGCUACAGGCAUUACAGCUGAGGGUCAGCUCAUUAUGACUAGUGACAGCACGGUCCAAAGCACCAUGGAGAAAACCAACAAUGGCAACAACACAUUUGUUCCACCAACAUCGACCUCCGCUUCCAUCACCACAUCGCUGCCUGAGACGAUAGACGGCACAGGGGUUCUGACCCAAGCUACUGCCGUUUCGGCUGGCCAGCAAGAUCCGUCCUUCGUCCAGCAGAACCACGUGCCUACCUCCAUGCCUGCUGCUGUGCCUACAAACACAGAGCCAGUGGUGCAGCUGGUGCCUGCGCAGACGGCAGAAGGUGCGGCACAGACGCUACAAAGCGUUCAGCUGCUCAACGCCGGCACUUUCUUAAUCCAGGCGCAGACGGUCUCCCCUACGGGCCAGAUCCAGUGGCAGACUUUCCAGGUGCAGGGUGUGCAGAACCUACAAAACCUGCAGAUACCUGGUGCUGGUGGAAUGGCAUCACCACAGAUCACUAUCGCCCCUGUGCAGACUCUGUCUCUCGGGCAGCAUGGAACAAAUCUGCCUGCUGGACACAUCCCCAACCUGCAGACAGUCACGGUCAACUCCAUCUCACAGGCAGAGCAUACAAUGGAGAGUACACUCACAGACAUUCGUAUCAAGGAGGAACCGGACUCGGACGAUUGGCCGCUAUCCGGAGACUCCACCCUGAACACCAGCGACUUGUCGCACUUCCGUGUACGAAUGCUAGACGAGGAGUCGGAGGGGAUGGGGCAGGAGGGGAAGAGGCUCAGAAGAGUGGCUUGUACUUGUCCUAAUUGCAAGGAGGCAGGCGGGAGAGGCUCAGGCAUGGGUAAGAAAAAGCAGCACAUUUGCCACAUCCCCGGCUGUGGGAAGGUGUACGGUAAAACGUCUCACCUGCGUGCUCACCUGCGCUGGCACUCAGGUGAGAGGCCCUUCAUCUGCUCCUGGAGUUACUGCGGAAAGAGAUUCACACGCAGCGAUGAGCUUCAGCGCCACCGCAGGACACAUACAGGAGAGAAGAAGUUUGUGUGUCCACAGUGCUCAAAGCGCUUCAUGCGCAGUGACCAUUUGGCCAAACAUAUUAAAACUCAUCUGAACAAAAAAGGGCUAAAUUCGGCCCCCGGAGCAGGGCAGUCCGACGCCAUCGCCCCUCAGGACGGCAUCAUCACCGGGGGCGGCGCUACACUCAUUCUGACCAACCUGCCUCAGGGUGGCACUCAAGACCACCUCUCAAACUCUGACCUCCCGCUUCAGCUGGUCACUGUGUCUGCCAAUGAGGUCAUGGAGUGACCAGAAGAAAGAGAAAAAGGAAAAAAAACCCACACACACUUUCACAGCUGGCUUUUCAUGAUCAAUUUUUAUAUAUAUGAUAAAUAUAAAUAUAUAUAUAUGAAUAUAUAUUUUAAAAAAUGAAUUAUUGAUUUAUGCUCUGUAGCAGUCUUUUUUUUUUUUGUACAAACGGGACGGGGGGUUUGGGGCAGGGAUAUUAAAUGUCGUGUGGGUAUACACACACACACACACUCUCGUAUACAAGCAUAUACAGUAUAUACGAAUACACACUAACACAGAAAUGCCUUAUUUUGUAUCAUAUCGUACUCCGUAUUAUAUGAUGCUGGACUUGCAUGGAUUUUUACUUUUUGAUCAGAUUGUUCAGGGGAUGAUAACGAGUGUGUGUCUGUCUGUGAAGGACACGGUACAGUGAGCUGUGUGUGUGUGAGAGAGAGAAAUAAAGAGUAAUAUUUUAUGAAUUUGGACAUUGUGCUGGGGGGACGUGACUUCACACCUCUCUCGCGCUCUCUCUCUCUCUCUCGUCUGGCCUCGGUCCAAACACAUCUCCACUCUUUCAUCAUGCAUUUCACUAUUGUGUAUCGGCUCUGUGUUUCUCUCACUCACACACCCUUUGUAUAAUGAUCGGAGAUUUAUUUUUAUUUUUUUUUAUUAUUAUUAUUUCUGAGUUUUAUCCUAUCGUCCUUAUGCAACUCGGCCGACGUCGUCACUCGUGUAAUACUAUUUUUUGUUCUCUAUAUUCAUGAUGUUUCCUUGUUUUCUUCCUUUGCAUUUGUUUCCUCUCCAUUGCCCAAGAUUGUUUAUAGCCAUCGUUUUAUUUUAGCAAAUAACUGAUUCUGUUGUAUCAUGGACUUUCAAAUUCAUUACUUUUUAAAUAUGUAAUGUUUUAUGUUACUUUUAUACUUUUAUUUUUCUUUUUUUCUUUUCUUUUCUUUCUUUUUUUUUUUUGAAAUGGAAUACAAUUAAAGUCCAAAUACUUCCUA